AAUAGUUUUGUACUUUUACUGAAAUUAUAUUUUAAAUGCAGGACUUUUACUUGUAACAGAGUAUUCCUACACCCUGGUACUUCUACUUAAGUAUAAGAUCUAAAUACUUUCCCCACCUCUGUUAUUUACACCAUACGGUGCACAAGGUGUGUAUAGCAGCAGAGCUGAGUGCACUGUCGCCUCACAUCUCUGAUGAGUAUGGGUCUGCUGUCUCACUUUAUUGCAGCUGUGCUCCUUCUGCUCUUUGCCUUUUUAUGUGUUUACAUCAACCACUUGUCUAUUCAUCAGACCAGACUGGUUAGAUCAGUUUCUGCUCAGCACACUGAAGCACAUACAGUACUUGGUUAUUAUUAUCCAGCAAAACCACAGAACAAGUCAGUAGAAACAAGGACUGUUAUAUCCAGAGCUGAUAAAUGCACCCUGGCCCCAGAGAGUCGGUUUGACUGUGCCAGGGACAGGCUGCUCACCCAGAGAGAGUGUGGAGAGAGGGGCUGCUGCUAUGCCCCCCUGCCUCACUCUGCAGGACCACCUUGGUGCUUCUACCCCAGUUUGUACCCUGGCUACAAAAUGGGUCCUCUCACCCCCACCACACGAGGACUGGAGGCCACCCUGACUCGUGCCACCCCUUCAUAUCUCCCCAAAGACAUUGCCACUCUACACCUAGAAGUGACAGAGGAGGCUGCAGGCUGCUUACACCUCACUUUUAAGGACCCAUCAUCUCAGCGAUAUGAGGUUAAGCUCCCAGCUGGUGUUCCUCAGAGCCCAGCUGAUACCCAGGAUGUUCUCUAUACCACUGAAUACCAGGCGGAGCCAUUUGGCUUCAUAGUGCGCCGGAAAUCUAAUGGAAGGGUGAUCAUGAAUACCACGGUGGCUCCUCUGCUGUUUGCUGACCAGUACCUGCAGCUGUCCACCACGCUGGCCUCUUCCCUUGUGUCCGGCCUCGGGGAGCAUUACACCCCCCUCCUCCUGGACCUGAACUGGACCUCUGUCACUCUCUGGAACAGAGACAUGGUGCCCCACGCUGAUGCUAACCUCUAUGGCUCCCACCCAUUCUACAUAGUCCAGGAGGAGGAUGGCUUGGCACAUGGAGCUUUCCUUCUCAACAGCAAUGCAAUCGAGGUGAUGUUGCAGCCGACCCCCGCUCUCACCUGGGUGGCUAUCGGUGGAGUCCUGGACCUGUACAUUUUUGUGGGUCCUGAUCCUCAAAGUGUUAUACGACAGUACCUUCAGGUCAUUGGCUAUCCUAUGAUGCCUCCUUAUUGGUCGUUGGGCUUUCAUCUGUGUCGCUGGGGUUACACGACAUCUAAUACAACCCGGCAUGUUGCACAACGCAUGCACAAUGCAAAAUUUCCCAUGGAUGUGCAGUGGAAUGAUCUGGACUAUGCAAAUAAACGCAGGGUUUUCACAUUUGACCCGUGGCGAUUUGGAGACCUCCCACAGAUGGUUGACGAGUUCCAUAAGAUUGGCAUGAAAUACAUCCUUAUCCUGGACCCUGGGAUCAGCAGCAGCAGCCCCCCUGGCACUUACCCACCGUUUGAUGAUGGGCUGAAACGAGACGUCUUCAUUAAAAAUUCUACAGGACAAAUCCUGAUAGGGAAGGUUUGGCCAGGCCCCACAGCCUUCCCCGACUUCACCAACCCAGAGACCGGACGCUGGUGGGAGGACUGCAUCAGAGAUUUUCAUUCUAAAGUUCCUGUGGAUGGUCUAUGGAUUGAUAUGAAUGAACCAUCCAAUUUUGUGCAGGGCUCAGUGGAGGGCUGUCCUGACAGUGACCUUGAGAACCCGCCCUACACACCCAGGGUUGUUGGAGGCCAGUUGAACUCGAGAACUAUUUGUCUGUCGGCCCAGCAGAAGCUGUCCUCUCACUACAACCUGCACAAUAUGUACGGACUGACGGAGGCCUCUGCCACUCACAGCGCUCUCAUGAAGGUACGAGGAAAGAGACCCUUCGUCCUGUCUCGCUCCUCCUUCCCUGGCAUCGGACGCUUCUCUGGAGUGUGGACAGGAGACGUCCGGAGUGACUGGGAGCAGCUCCGAUACUCCAUCCCUGCUGUGCUGCACUUCGGCCUGUUCGGGGUUCCCCUCGUGGGGGCGGACAUCUGUGGUUUUGGCGGGAACACCACUGAGGAAUUGUGUGUACGCUGGAUGCAGCUCGGGGCCUUCUACCCAUUUAUGAGGAACCACAAUGACAAGCCAAACGCUCCUCAGGAGCCCUAUGUGUUUGGGCAGAAGGCCCAGGCAGCCAUGCGGAGUGCAUUGAACCUUCGUUACUCCCUUCUACCUUUCCUCUACACACUCUUCCAUCAUGCACACACCUCUGCUGACACUGUAGCCAGGCCACUCUUCGUGGAGUUUCCCACUGACCCUAACUGUCAGACCAUAGACCGACAGUUCCUGUGGGGGAGUUCCCUUCUCAUCAGCCCAGUCUUAGAGCGGGGGGCAGAAGAGCUGGCUGCUUACCUGCCCCCUGCCACUUGGUACAGCCUGCACAAUGGUCAGCCUUUCUACAGUAAGGGCCAGUACCUGCUCCUGGCAGCCCCCCUGGACACCAUCAACGUCCAUGUGAGGGAAGGACAUAUAAUCCCCCAGCAGGAGCCUGCUUUGACAACGGCAGCCUCUCGCAGAAACCCUUUCUUCCUGACGGUGGCGCUAUCAGCAGGAGGCUGGGCCCAGGGAGACUUGUUCUGGGAUGACGGGGACAGUCUCGACACCUUUGAAACGGGAAAUUAUUGUUACGUUAUCUUCAUGGCUGGACAGUGUCAGGUGGUGAGUGAUCCCCUCAGGCUUAAUGGGGCUCUGGAUGGUCUGGUUCUUGGAGGGCUGCAGGUUUUCGGGGUUCCCUCCCCACCCCUAUACGUGUUAGCCAAUGGGGAACAAGUCAGGGAUUUCAUGUACCGCAGUGACACCAAGGUUCUAACAGUGACCAACCUGGCCUUGUCCAUGUCAAAGGUGUUUACAGUCCAAUGGGCUCUCUGAUGCACUGAACUCUAUUACCCAAGAACCAUAGGGAGCCUUGGCAUUGUUCAUUGUUGCUGAAAGAUCAGCUGCAUUUUUUUGCAUUGUCCCAACCAUCCCAGACCCGGCGAUGCACCUUACGCUAUGCUACCUCUUUAUCCAAGAACUGCUUUGUAAGGAGCAGUUACAGACAAAAUGUGACGACAUCAAUCAAAGGGAGCUAUCAUUUUGACAUUUCAUGUUUUCUUCCAAGCCUAAAUUUGCUGCUGAUAAUUUUAUGUAUUUGUAAUAUUAUGUAUAUAUAUUUUUUAAUUCUUUAAAAAUAUAUGCCUGCAUAUACCUGUAUUUUUUACAUCAGUUUUGUAAACCUUUGUUACUAAUAAUGCAGAUACAUAAAAAUGAGUCAAGGUGAAUUUGAAUUUCCCACAUCACAAGUUAAAGAUGUGAUUGAUGGAUUGUUUUUAUCUGUUAAUUUAUGGCAAACAUUUUCUUCAAUGUAUGCUGUUAGAUCAUACCCUGCAAGCACAUCAAAACCAGCCUGUUUGUGUUCUUUUUCAGAGGACUUUGUAGCCAGAGCUCUGGUAGAGCAGAUGAUGAGCAUGGAGCCCCAAAGGAGGCCUUCAGCUGAGAGCGUUCUCAAACACCCUUUCUUCUGGAGCCUGGAGAAGGACCUGCAGUUUAUAUAUUUUC